CUUGAAUAAAAGAGGUCAUUUUAUGCGGCUAACGCCUUUAUGUGAAACAGGACCUUGCCUCCAUUUGUAUCGUAAAUUUCGAAGUUAAAGACGUCGUGAAGGGAAAGGGUUGAAGCUCCGAGUUGGGUGUGAGUGAGGACAGCCAUAGUAAAUCAUCUCAAGAGAAACCACAGCUCAGGCAAGAUACAGUAAGAGGCUGCCAUGAAGAAAAUUGACAAUGCAGCCACAGGCAGCUGGACUCAAGACAACAACCCCACCUCCUCAGAAGUAAAGAACUUCUGCCAUCCCAGUCUAAAGAUGUUCCUUGCAGCUUUGUCAUUUGCCUACUUUGCCAAGGCUUUAUCUGGCAGCUACAUGAAGAGUACAAUUACUCAACUAGAAAGGCGAUUUGACAUCCCCAGUUAUCUGAUCGGCAUCAUAGAUGGGAGCUUUGAAAUAGGGAAUUUGUUGGUUAUUGCCUUUGUGAGCUAUUUUGGUGCCAAACUCCACCGACCCAAGAUCAUAGCAAUCGGAUGUGUCUUGAUGUCUUUUGGGACCUUCUUGAUCGCCAUGCCUCAUUUCAUCAUUGGCCGCUAUAAGAUCGAAACAUCAGUCAGAUCGUCAGUGAACUCAACCAGUAACCUCUCUCCAUGUCCAGCAAGCUCACCUGAGUCCACUAGGGCAGAUGACAGACCCUCUUUACUGCUCUCUAGAGGCUGUGAGCGAGAGUCCAGCAUUUCGAUGUGGACCUAUUUACUUCUGGGAAACGUCCUGCGUGGGAUUGGAGAGACUCCAGUACAGCCUCUGGGAAUCUCCUAUAUUGAUGAUUAUGCACAGUCCGAGAAUGCUGCCCUCUAUAUUGGAUGUGUCCAAACCAUAUCAAUUAUCGGUCCUGUCUUUGGGUACCUGCUGGGGUCGCUGUGUGCCAAGAUCUACGUUGACAUUGGCUAUGUGGACAUGGAGAUGGUGACUAUUACCCCUAGUGAUGCUCGCUGGGUGGGGGCAUGGUGGCUGGGCUACCUUAUCGCUGGUACCAUCACCCUCAUGUCUGCUGUUCCUUUCUGGUUCCUGCCCAAAUCACUGCCCAUGCCUGUGGAUAAACAUGAUACCAGCUGCACACCAGAGCAAACCAGGUUUAUUAAAGAUUCCCAAAAAUUGGAACACAAGUUCAGACCUGAAGAGCCAGCUAAUUUACAUCAGAUGGCCAAAGAAUUUCUGCCCACAGUGAAGAGUCUGCUUGGAAAUCCCGUGUACAGCAUCUACUUAUGCGUGACUAUCAUUCAGUUCAACUCUCUCAUCGGGAUGGUCACCUACAAACCCAAAUACAUUGAACAACACUAUGGCCAGUCAGCAUCAAAAGCUAACUUUCUCAUGGGCACAAUCAACAUCCCGGCUGUGGCCCUUGGGAUGUUCUCUGGUGGGGUUGUCAUGAAGAAGUACAAGCUGGGUAUCAUGGGAGCAGCUAAAUUUGCCUUUGGGACCUCCUUGCUGGGUUACUUCCUGUCACUCUUUUUCUUAGCCAUGGGCUGUGAGAACUCCAAGGUGGCAGGCAUCACAGUUUCAUAUAGUGGAGUGGAAGGCUUGUCUUAUCAGGAACGGUCUCUCUUCUCUGACUGUAACUCGGAUUGCUUGUGCUCAAGAAAGGAGUGGGAUCCAGUGUGUGGAGAGAAUGGGAUCACUUACAUGUCUCCGUGCUUGGCUGGAUGUACCUCCUCCACUGGCUCUGGCAGAAAUACGAUGUUUGACAAUUGCAGGUGUGUAGCGCUGGCUGAUACCGAACCAGGCAACCUGACAGCCACUCUGGGCCAGUGUCCACGCAGAGAGAGCUGUGACAGAAUCUUUCCUUACUUCCUGGCUCUGUCUGUCCUCAGCUCCUUCAUUAUCUCUCUUGGGGGAACACCUGGCUUCAUGCUGCUUGUCAGGUGCAUUAAGCCCGAGCUGAAAUCCCUUGCUCUGGGAAUCCACACAUUGGCCACUCGCACCCUCGCUGGAAUACCUGCCCCAAUAUACUUUGGAGCCACAAUCGACACAACAUGCCUCAAAUGGGGAUACAAGAUGUGCGGAGGAAGAGGAGCAUGCAGAAUAUAUAACACAUCAGCUUACAGGAUAGUGUACCUAGGCCUAACAUUGGGCUUGAGGACAGUCUCCUUCUUCCUUUGUAUUUCAGGCUUUGCACUACUCAAAAGACAUAUUAAGAGGGAGGAGAAAUAUGCUCUGGCAAAUGGGAGUGCAGAGUUGGAGUCACUAAAGAAAGAGAACAACUCCAUACACUGUGAGCAGUUUAUACUGGCUUUGGACCGCAAUCCUGACCGAGAAACUCGCUUGUGAGCCUCGGCAUGUCUUCUCUUCUGACUCAGCUCCACGGAGCACCUCAGAUGUAUAGAGGAACACACACUGUGGACACUUUCCAUAGCACACAGAACAUACAGUACAUUUGUCCAGGAUUUGUGUAGAUGUGCGAUAUCUGAAAUAAGUCAUUUUAAAAACAAAACAUGAAAUUUCUGGUUUUCAUGAAUGGAUGACUUUUGUAGAAAAAAAAAAGAAUGUAAUUGUGCUGUAUUUUCAUCUUCGUUUUUUAUGAUUAAACUUGAUAAAAUCUAUUUUUGGAUUCACUACUGAACAAGAUGGUUAAACGUCAUCAUGUCAGUCUUGUGUUUGUGGCUUUGCUGUCAGUAAGAAGAGAAACAUACAUUAAAUUAACAUGUCUGUAGACUGUUUCUGUGACGUACCUGGAACUGUGAAUGUGACUACACUGAGGUUCAGCCUGUAAACGAAUAAAGUGACAGGCAGAUCAAAGCAAGAAGCAACACAGGAACAGCAGCCCUCUGAAAGAUGAUCCCAUUGGCAUACAAAGGGGAAACUACCACUUCCUGUCCAGAUGUAACAGAAAGCAUUCCUUCAGUAAGAAUACCAUUUCUUUUUAUUGACAAUCAAACCUCUCUCAAGCCUACUGUAGCAAGCUGAAACUGCUGUUUCUAAGGUCAAAAAUGAAAUGUUAAGCUCUAUUUUUAAGUCAAUAUGGAUGAGAAUAGACACCCAGAGUCAUGUAGAGUUUGAGCACCUACAAUUCCAUGACAGCUGUCGCAAACUCAGUCUGCUAAUAAGGAUCAUGUGAUAUGGUCGACUGCUCCAUAACAAGUUUGUAAGUUGACAAUAUGCUAUAAAUUUAAUAAAUUUGGGAUUUUGCA